UCUCUUUUACCGCAGAUUUCAAGGGGCGCUACUAUACGAAACUUAUUUUUUACUAAAAUUGUUGAAAACGACUUUUACGCCAACAAUUAAUCUAAACAUAAUUCUUAUAAGAUUUUGACGAACAACGUUUUAAUUUAAAGACGAAGAUUUAAACGAGGAGUUGCUUUUUCGAAUUUGUAAAAAAACUUAAUUUUUUUUUUUUUUUAAUAUCGUCACAAAAAAUUUUGUUUCUUCGAAAAUAAUUUAUGAAUGAAAGAAAGAUUUUUUUCAAAAUUUGAAAAAGCCGACUUCUCGUAUAAACCUUCAUUUUUUAAAUAAAAUCUUUUUUAUUAAAAUCUGAUAAGCGUUAUAGCUGUAUUCUUUGUUGGCGUAAACCAUUAUAAAAGGAGGGCUAGUGAAGUUAUUUUUAUUUUCGCAAAAGAAUUAUAAAAAUACUUUAUCAACGUUAUCAACAAAAUUAUAUUAUAUAUUAUAAUUAUUAUUCUUAAAAAAUGGUGAAAGAACAAUUCAGAGAAACUGAUGUCGCCCGAAAAAUAUCACAUGUAUCUUUUGGGGUGGAUAGUCGCUAUAACAUGGAAAGACAAGCUCAUAUCCAUGUUGUUGCUAAAAAUUUAUACAGUCAAGAUAGUCAACAUACUCCUGUACAAUAUGGUGUUCUUGACAAACGCAUGGGUACUUGUUCUAAUGCAAAUAAUUGUGGAUCUUGUGGGAAAUCUUUGAACGAAUGUAUUGGUCAUUUUGGAUAUAUCGAUUUAGAGUUACCAGUUUUUCAUGUUGGCUAUUUUAGAGCUAUUAUUGGUAUUCUUCAAAGUAUUUGUAAGAAAUGUUCCCAUGUAAUGCUUUCCAAUACAGAUAAAAAACGAUAUUUAUCUAAAGUUCUUAAUCCCAAUUUGGGAUAUCUCACGCGUAAAGCUUUAAGAAAACAGAUUUUAGAAAAAGCCAAAAAGACCACAACUUGUCAAAAUUGUGGUGAGCUCAAUGGUACUGUAAAAAAAGCUGGAUUACUUAAAAUAGUUCAUGAGAAGUACAGAGCAAAGAAAAAAGCUGAUACUAUUGUUCAAGAAAAAUUAGCAGAGUACAGCAAUGUACUUGAAAAUAAUAAAGAAUUAGAUGGGAUACUUCAAAAUGGAAUUGUCAAUGUAUUAAAUCCCUUAGAGGUUCAAGGUAUUUUGGAAAGAAUACCAGCAAAUGAUAUUCCUCUUUUAUUGAUGAAUUAUGAAUGUGCUUUACCAAAAGAUUUGAUAUUAACGAGAAUACCUGUACCACCAAUUUGUAUUAGACCAAGUGUCGUAUCAGAUUUGAAAGCAGGCACAAAUGAAGAUCACCUUACUAUGAAAUUAUCAGAAAUUGUUUUUAUUAAUGAUGUUAUACAAAAACAUAGACAAAGUGGUGCCAAAGUGCAAAUGUAUAAUGAGGAUUGGGAAUUUUUACAAUUACAUUGUGCUCUUUAUAUUAAUAGUGAAAUGUCAGGAAUACCAUUGAAUAUGCAACCAAAAAAAUCAGGCAGAGGAUUGGUUCAAAGAUUAAAAGGAAAACAGGGACGUUUUCGAGGUAAUUUAUCUGGAAAACGUGUGGAUUUUUCUAGUCGUACUGUGAUCUCACCAGAUCCUAAUCUUAGAAUAGAACAAGUGGGUGUACCUAUUCAUGUUGCAAAGAUAUUAACAUACCCAGAGAGAGUUAAUCCAUCAAAUAUAGAAUUAAUGCGAAAGUUAGUCAAAAAUGGGCCUGAUGUACAUCCCGGUGCAAAUUUCGUACAGCAGGGAAAGACCCAAUUUAGAAAAUUCCUUCGCUAUGGUAAUCGUCAAAAGAUAGCUCAAGAUCUACAAUUUGGAGACAUUGUUGAGAGACAUCUUAGGGAUGAUGAUGUAGUUUUAUUUAAUCGGCAACCUUCGUUACACAAAUUGAGUAUAAUGGCACAUAAAGCAAAAGUAUUAGACCACAGAACAUUCAGAUUUAACGAAUGUGUUUGUACUCCUUAUAAUGCAGAUUUUGAUGGCGAUGAAAUGAAUCUUCAUUUACCUCAAACAGAAGAAGCAAGAGCAGAAGCUUUGAUAUUAAUGGGGAAUAAAUCUAACUUGGUCACACCCCGCAAUGGAGAGCUAUUAAUAGCAGCAACACAGGAUUUUAUUACUGGUGGAUAUCUUUUAACACAAAAAGAUAUGUUUUUAAAUAAAGCACAAGCAUCUCAAUUGGCAAGUUGUCUACUAGCAGGUUCAGAUGCUAAUAUGCACAUAGAUUUUCCUAAACCUACAAUUCUGAAACCACUUCAAUUAUGGACAGGUAAACAAAUUUUUAGUUUAAUUAUGCGGCCCAAUGAAGCUUGUCCAGUGAAAGCAAAUUUAAAAACAAAGGGUAGAGCUUAUACUAGUAAUGAAGAAUUAUGUAUCAAUGAUUCAUAUGUUAUUAUUCGAAACUCACAGCUAUUAGCAGGUUCCAUGGAUAAAUCUACAUUAGGAUCUGGUUCAAAACAAAAUAUCUUUUAUAUUCUCUUUCGUGAUUGGGGUGAAGAUAUUGCUGCAACAGCAAUGUGGAGACUGGCUAGAGUAGCAAGUUAUUUUCUUAUGAAUAGAGGCUUCUCUAUUGGUAUUGGAGAUGUUACACCAGGUCAAGGUCUUCUCAGAGCUAAACAAGAACUUUUAAAUGCUGGUUAUUCUAAGUGUACAGAAUAUAUUCAACGAAUGGAAGAAGGACGUUUAGCUUGUCAACCUGGUUGUACGGAAGAAGAAACUUUAGAGGCAAUGAUAUUGAAAGAACUUUCUGUUAUACGUGAUCAUGCUGGUAAAUCCUGUUUAAAAGAGCUUCAUCCUAGUAAUAGUCCAUUAAUUAUGGCAUUAUCUGGCAGUAAGGGUAGUUUUAUCAAUAUCUCACAAAUGAUAGCUUGUGUUGGUCAACAAGCUAUUAGUGGACACAGAGUUCCAAAUGGUUUCGAAGAUCGGGCGUUACCUCAUUUUGAAAGACGUUCUAAAAUUCCAGCAGCUAAAGGUUUUGUAGAAAAUUCAUUCUACUCAGGACUUACUCCUACUGAAUUCUUUUUCCAUACGAUGGGUGGGAGAGAAGGUCUUGUAGAUACAGCUGUAAAAACUGCAGAAACAGGAUAUAUGCAAAGAAGAUUAGUCAAGAGUUUAGAAGAUUUGUGCCUUCAUUAUGAUAUGACAGUACGAAAUGCAGUAGGAGAUAUAGUGCAAGAAAUUUAUGGUGGUGACGCAUUGGAUCCAACAUAUAUGGAAGGAAAGGACUGUCCAGUAGAUUACAAAAGAGUUCUUGAUCACGUACAAGCUAAGUCUCCAUAUAAAGAGGAGGAACCAUUAGAUGGUCCUAGCGUGAUUAAAGCUACGAAUGAAUUGUUAAAUUCCGAAGAGUAUGAGUGUCUCAGUGACGAAUUUAAACAAGAAUUAGCCACAUUCCUGAAAUCUGUUGCGCGUAAAAUAGCUCGUUAUCGACAAAAUAUUAAAACAAAUUCACCUGUAUUGUCGCAUCUUGAGCGACUUACUGUAUCUCAGUUAGUGGAAUUUAUUCACACUUGCAAAGAAAAAUAUAUGAGAGCUAAGAUAGAACCUGGUACAGCGGUAGGUGCACUUGCAGCACAAAGUAUAGGAGAACCAGGAACACAGUUAACACUCAAAACUUUCCAUUUUGCCGGUGUAGCAUCAAUGAAUAUUACACAAGGUGUACCACGUAUUAAAGAGAUUAUAAAUGCAAAUCCAAGAAUUAGUACUCCUAUUAUUACAGCAGCUUUAGAGAAUGAUACGGAUCCUGAAUUUGCAAGGCGUGUGAAAGGUAGAAUAGAGAAAACUACCUUGGGAGAAGUAACUCAAUAUAUCGAGGAAGUGUAUUUGCCGGAUGAUUGUUUCCUUCUGAUUAAAUUAGAUAUAGAUAGAAUAAAAUUAUUAAAACUAGAAGUAGAUGUUAAUUCAAUACAUUAUUCAAUUUGUACUUCAAAAUUAAAACUGAAUCCAAAAUUUGUGACUGUCAGAAGUGAUUCUAUUAUCACUAUCAGUCCUAAUAAGCAAAAAAGUAGUUUAAAUUAUGCACUUACUCACUUAAAAGAGAUAGUGCCUAAUAUUGUAAUUAAGGGAUUACCAUCGAUAUCUAGAGCUGUAAUACAUAACGACGAUUCAGGUGGUAAAACAAAAUACAAAUUUUUCGUUGAAGGAGAUAAUAUGAGAGAAGUGAUGGCAACAACAGGAGUUUUAGGCACCAAAACCACAUCUAAUAAUACGAUUGAAGUAUUUAAAACUCUUGGUAUUGAAGCAGCAAGAGCAACGAUUAUGAAUGAAAUCAAGUUAGUAAUGGAGAAUCACGGUAUGAGUAUUGAUAGGCGUCAUGCCAUGCUUGUUGCAGAUUUAAUGACAAGUAGGGGUGAAGUACUUGGAAUCACAAGACAAGGUUUGGCAAAGAUUAAAGAAUCUGUUUUAAAUUUAGCAUCAUUCGAAAAAACAGCAGACCAUUUAUUCGAUGCAGCUUACUAUGGUCAAAAAGAUAUUAUUUGUGGUGUAUCUGAAUCCAUUAUAAUGGGUAUUCCAGUUCCAGUAGGAACAGGAAUUUUCAAAUUAUUACACAAAGCAGAUAAAGAGGAACCAAAAAAACGAGAGUUAAUAUUUGAUGAUGCCAGAUUUCAUAAGAAGACUCCAAAAAGUGCAGCAGUAUAAAAAUAUAUAAAUUGUUAUAUUUUUAAUAAUAAAAAGUUAUUUAAUGUUAACAAAAGAAUAA